AUGCUGCGGCUCGUUUUUUUCUUCAUUUCUCUUAUCCAUGUUGUGAACAGUGGUGGCGUACAAAUAGUGACAUGCGCUGUUACAGUUGGAGCUGUUCAACGACCAUCUAUUCAUGCACACCGAUGUACAAAUCGAGAUGAUCGUGUGUGUAAUGAAAUAUUCAAAAAUGGUGCCAACAAUGGCGAAAUAGCCGCGACACUAGCAGCACAAGCCAAUCCACAGGUAAAUUAUUUAGUUAGUGACUUGUGUGAAAACCCUACCUUGCGAAACCUUGCACUUCGUGAAUGUUCAAGUCACUGCGCCUUCUGUUGUAAAACAAAGCAAUUUGACUGCCCAAAUGCAGCGGGAGCAGAAGGUGCAUGUCAACGAUUGUACAAUGAAGACAACUUGUGCAGCGAUCAACGGUUGAAUGAUAUUGCAUUAGAAGAUGUCACACACAUGUGGACUCUGCGAUAG